GAAGGGGUGUGUUGUUUUUUUUUUUGCAAAAAACAAACAAGAUUAAAUCUCAUAAAUUAUUCUAUGUGUAAUCAGAGUAUAAUAUAAUCUUAAUAUAUUAUCCACUAUUAUUCAUGAGUUAUGAAAACGUUGAAUUGAAUAGAAAAGUUGUUUACAAAAGUGAGAAUUCACUUUGGUGAUUCUCUUUUGUGGUUAUGUUCACCAAAACAAAUGCCAGCAAACGACAUAAACAUAAAUUGUAAAAAUCCUUUGAAGUGAUGAGAACAAUUAUUCAAAGUAAAAAAUGCGUUUUUUAUCAUAAAAAGUGUGCAGACAAAUUAUUUGAAGGAGCAGAAUUAACAUUUACCAUUUUAAACUGUACUAAAAAGUGGAUUUUAGAGCAAAAUUUUCGGAACAAUUUAUUUAAUCUGUAAUUAAAUUUUUAAUAUUUUGCAAAGAAAUACAUAUAAGUAUGAAAUACUGUUGAGCGUUUUGACUAGAAGUGUAUUAAUUUUUAAUCAUGAGUGGUGGCAUAGCUCCCAGUAAGUCGACCGUGUAUGUUUCCAAUUUGCCAUUCUCAUUGACAAACAAUGACAUUCACAAAUUGCUGGAAAGUUAUGGAAAAAUCGUGAAAGUUACUGUUGUGAAAGAUAAAUCAACCCGAAGGAGCAAAGGUGUAGCCUUCGUUCUUUUUUUAAAGCCUGAAGAAGCCACCUCGUGUGCUGAUUGUUUAAAUAAUACAAAGAUCGGUGGUCGCACAAUACGAAGUUCGAUUGCAGUGGACAAUGGUCGAAGUACGGAAUUUAUACGUCGCAGAGAAUAUCCAGACAAAUCUCGUUGUUAUGAAUGCGGUGAGGAAGGACAUUUGUCUUACCAAUGCACCGCUAAUACUCUUGGUGCUCGAACUCCCCCUCCAAAGAAAGUUCGAAAGAGGAAUCCAAAAUCCAAAAGCAGUUCAGGGACGGUCGAUAACAGUUUUUAUGACAGCGACAGCGACGAAGGAGUUCGAAAACCGAGAGGCGCCACCAAGGAAGCCAUUUCCGAAGAAGACGAAAUAGCCGACGAUGAAACUUGGGGGGCUUGUAUCAGACUCGAACAAGAGAAAAUAGAGUUGGAAAAAUAUAGGCAGAAAGUUGCGACGGGAAAAUACGACGAGCCCGAGGAUGGACCAAAAGAAGGAUCGACUAAGAGAAAACGUUUCAAAAAAAGUAAUUACUUCGGCUCUGAUGAAGAUGAGGAAGCAUGUGAUGACUGAUAUAAUCUCUUUGCAAUACUUGUAUUUAAAUACUUAAAUAUUAAAAUUGUGCAUAUCAUUUUUUCAUUAAUUAAAAAAAAAAAUCUUCAA